AUGGACGCCAAAUCCCCCCACAUCAAGAACCGCGACACCCCCCAAUGGGGUCUCUACCAGCGGAACAUGUUUUGGAAGUAUAACGAGGGGGAGCUGCCGCCGUUUAAUACCCACCCCGACGUCCUCGAACGCCUCGCCUCCCGCAAACUCUCCCAAAACGGCUAUCUCUACGCCUCCUCCAACGCCGGGCUCUCGCACACGCACCUCGCCAACCGCCAAGCCUUCUUCCGCCACAAGCUCGUGCCGAGACAACUAAUCGACACCAACGAGCGGUCCACGCGCACCAAGCUCUUUGAUAACAACGGGAAAUGGGAAGUUUCCGCCCCGUUCGGCAUCGCGCCUGUGGGAAUCAACAAGAUCUAUCACGACCGGGGGGAGCUAGCGGUCGCCAAGGCGGCGGGAGAGUUGGGGCUGGUGUAUUCUCUGUCAACGGCGGGGAGUUAUCCGAUUGAGGAGGUGGGAGCGGCUAAUGAUGAGGGGAGAGCCAACCGGUUUGAAGUGAAUAAGAACCUGGAUGUGGAGGGGGAUGGGGAUGGGGGGAAUGAAAACUCGCAAAAAGUUCCUGAAGCGCCGCGGUUUUUCCAGCUUUACAUGCCUCACGACGACGAGUUGACCUUGAACUUGCUCAAGAGGGCGCACGAGUCCGGCUUCGAAGCAUGUAUCCUCACCACCGACACGGCGCAGCUAGGCUGGCGACAUGAUGAUGUCGCAACGAGCAAUUAUGCUUUCUACCGCGGCAUCGGCGGGGAACUGGGGUUCACGGAUCCCGUUUUUCAGAAACGGAUGCGGGAAGCUGGGGUUGAUGCCGCCAAAGAUCCCGUGAGGGCCGCGACGAUGUGGAUCGAUACCAUCUGGCACGGCCGGGCGUGGUCGUGGGAGAAGGCGGUUUGGGCGCGCGAGAAGUGGCAGGAGAUUGCGGGGAAGGAUAAGCCCUUUUUGAUCAAGGGGAUUCAGAGCGUGAACGACGCAAAAAAGGCGGCGGAUUUGGGGUUUGAGGGCGUGGUGGUUAGUAAUCAUGCGGGAAGACAGGUAGAUGGGGCGGUGGGCAGUUUGGAUGCGUUGGAGAGUAUCGUGAAGGCGGUCGGGGAGAGGAAGGGGUUCACGGUCAUGUUUGAUAGCGGGGUGAGGGGGGCGGCGGACGUGAUGAAGGCUUUGGCGCUGGGAGCCAAGUUUGUGUUUAUUGGGAGACUGUGGAUUUGGGGGUUGGCCAUCAUGGGGGAGGAAGGGGUUCGGCAUGUGUUGAGGAGUCUGUUGGCGGAUUUUGAUAUUCUGAUGAAUGUGAUGGGGGUGAGGAGUGUGGAGGAGAUUGAUGGGAGCUUGUUGGAGAGUGGGCCGAGGGUUUAUGGGUUGUUGAAUGAAAAGAGUAAGUUGUGAGAUGGGGAUGGCAUCACAUGGUGGUGAUGAGUUGUGAAUGUAGUUUUGCUAGAUGUAGCUCUGAACAAUUUGACGAUGGUAGACAAAACCAGCAUCAGGUCAAAGGACCCACUUGUACAAGAAGCUCAGGGGCUUCUUCCCGUUUGGGUCAUAAGUAAACAAUCACGAUGAAAGCCUCGCUGGGUUUAACCGUUGAAGAUGUUGGGCCUCAUCUCCAAGAGAAGCAGAUGGCGCUAAUUGCGAUGUAGGAGGCGAAGGAACCGUUAAACAACGGGCUGACUGUGGCAUGGCCCAACAUCAUGAUUUCUGAAAAGUAGUUGUGGUGAUUGCUGCCGGUGUGAUGGCAGGGGCUGAAGGUGAAGCGAAGGGAGGAAGAGAAAAAAAAGCUCGAAAU